AUGAACGCUGAAUCUGACGGGCAUCUGAAGCUUCUACAGGUCAUACCAGCUGACAAACUAGACGUGUACGAAGGCGUCCCUACAAGUUUCAAGCAUGGCUCCCUUGUGAUAGAUGAGCCACCAGUACGUAUCCUGACAAUGGACGACCAGGAAGAAACCAUCGUGGGUAACCUGACUUGUAUGAGAACCGUCAGGCCAAAAGAAUCGCAAGAAAGGAUCACGUGUUUCCGUCACAUCGUGGAGGCACUGCUUCACCUCUCGCCGGAAAACCUCACAAGAGUGGCCGACACCUACAUAGCGAUCAACACGACAUCUGAUGACGACAUAGAGAACCGUGACGCCAUCGCUGACGCACUGGGUGCCAUGGCAACCAACGAUUCCCUGACCCUGCUGACCAGACUGGUCCUGACGCCCCGGCAGAAGGAUGCUAAGCUGGUCAUGAGGGCGCUUUUUCACUUCUUUGGACUGGAAUGUCCGCCACCGCAGAUCACCAUUGAAACUGUGGAGAACAUGUGCUUCAAGUGGAGAAUGGAGUUUGACGAUGAGGAGGAGGGGCUACACGUGUGGACCCGGGCACACCUGCUACUCGGGACUCUGGCGGGAAACAUCUACGCCACCGACCCGGCACGGGCAGACAAGAUCAUCGACAGAUUCCACGGGAUGGUGGAGAUUCACGAUCCCUGGAAGCACAGACAGCUCAGAUCCACCCUGACAGAAGAUGAGUACAACAGUCACCUGCACGAGAAGGCUACGAUCCUGGGCGCCCUGGGCAACGCUGGAAUGGACAGGUCCUAUGACCUCCUUCUGUCAUACAUGAACACUACUGAAGCACCUUCUGAGCUGAAGAGAACCAGUAUGACUGCGCUGAAAAGCUAUGACCAUGAGAAAGCGGCAGACGAGAUCCUACGUGUGGCAAUAGAAGACCCUGACGGUAACGUGCGGUACGCAGCAGCUCUGGACUACCUGAGUCACCCACGGGCCUCCAGACUGUGGGAGGCUCAGCAACAAAUCAACAACAGUUACACGAACCAGACGGCUAUUGCAGAAGCACGAGAAAAGCGGGGUUUGCCUGCUGUUAGAAAGGUGCUAGAAAAGUUGUUUAAGGGUUUCGACUUCAAACUGGAGACGCCGAGUGUCGACUGGCAGAAGAAGAUCGGAUCCAGCCAGAUCGGGGCGUCUUUGGGAAUCAUCAUUCGGAACAUGAUGGAACUGAAUCUGAAACCGUUGAAGGGCAAGUUCGAGGUUGACGUUCUGGAUCAGGCGUACGCGAAGAUACACGUGGGACUACUCGGCAUCGACUGGACAUUCCUGGAUGCCAGAAUCUGUUUCAAAGGAAAGGCGGGAUACGAAGUCAACAUUUUCCAGGAGUUCAACUUCGACGAGGUUUUCAAACUGGUUAAACUGUUUGACGGCGUGAUCAACAAGGUCAUUGGAAACGUGAAGAACAACAUCAUUCGUUUCAAGAAACUUCUGGGAAGUACGACAGGUUCCAUAGACGGCAUCUUCAAAGACAUCGUGGACGCGGCGGACAACCUUCCCAACCAGGUGCGGGAGUUCAAAGUCAAGGCCAAAGAGUUCACCAAGAAGGUCGGGGAGUACACCAACCUGCCGCCGACCGUGGAGAACGUCAAACAAGUGGUCCACCGCGUCAGCACGCUCCUCGGUGACGUCAAGGCUGACGUCAUGGAGUUCUACAAUUCCAUCUCCGAUGCCGUCACCAUCACCCUGCCGUGGGCUGCUGAACAGAUUGAGAGCGGUGUGAAGAUGGUGGUGUCCUCCGUCGGGAAACUGAUCAAGACACCAAAGACGGCUAUUUCAGACAUCUUCAAAGGACUCACUACGAUCAAGAAUGCCGUGGUAGGUGUCAUCAAGGCAAAAGAGCGUAUCGAAAAGGCUCUCUUGUUCAAGGAAGACAAGACACUGCACUGGAUGAACCUAAAAGACGAACUCUCACAGAUCUCCGAAGACAUCUCCGCGGCGCUCAAGUCCCUGAGGGAUAUGAACAACUGGGUAGUGCAACAAACGGAGUCCAAGGCCUUCAACAAACGUUUCUUUGGAGUCGACAUUAAAGCACUGAAAGAGCAGAUAAAGACCGAGUUCAAAGACUUGUUAGACGGACUCCUCGGUCCCCUGAACAAAGUGCGCAAAGUUCCCAACAUGUUCCUGAAUGCGUACAAGGAGACAGCUGAGAUCGUCAAGUCCAUCAAGGAAGGCUACACGGCGAUCAAAAACGGUUACGACGAAGCAAAGUCCCUGAUCGAGCAAAUCUUCGGCGCCAAGGCUGACCAAGCUUUUCCCAGAAAGUAUCUGGAGUCUGCCGCAUGCGGGGACGGCUUCUACCCUAGCACUGGCUCAGGGCGGUACGAACAUCAGGGGGUGCUUCUAGAGGCAGCCUCCGGGCAAGAAAUCAGCGCCCCCUUUUCAGGCAUCAUAAAAAGGUCCGGCGACAACCAGGUGACAAUAACGACGGACUCGAUGGAGAAACUAGAAGUCAUCAUCAACAACGUGGAACUCAAUCCCGAGAAAGAACUGAAACGAGUCUUCAAGGGAACCCUAAUUGGCACAGUGUCCUCCUCCGCCUGCCAGCCUAACCACAUCCACCUGGCCAUCAGAAACACGGAGUCCGGAGGUCUGGUGGACCCGACUCGCUUCAUGGAGAAGAGAGACAUGGUGGUCCCGAGCUGGGAUCAGGAAUGCGGAGACUGGAACCUGGUGUUCAAGAACGAAGUCGUAUCCAGAGGGAAGUUUGGAAAAGCCAAAGAAGAGGACAAAUCUCCUGCAAGAGUGGAACCAGACAUUUCUGAUCUCGACAAGGAGUUUCUAGACGUCAACAAAAGAAAGAAAAGAGACGUUGGGCAAUGGUUCGGUCAAGCAAAGGAUUUUGUCGGCAGCCUGGAGCUUCCCGACUUGAAGGAGACUGUCUCGCUGCUCGACUUUGAGUUUGACUUCCGGAACCUGAAACUCUCCAAAGUGUUCGAGUUCAUGACGUCUUCUGGACUGACGGAUACCAAGGCCAGGCUUGAACAGACAGUGGAGGGGCUUCUGGACUCGCUUCACCAAGAGAAGACGUCCUGCCAAGUACCAGAUACUCUCGAUGACUCUGCGCUGAGGAGAAUUCUGCGCGACGGAGGGAACCCUGCCACCGGUUCCAGAGCCACGCUGCUCAAGAACUACAGGACACCAGAAAACCGAUGUCCCAACUUAAGAGAGUAUCUACCCAAGAACAUGCACUGUUUCUUCGAGGACAACUGUCUAGGCGUGACGUGCUGUGUGGAGCUGAACCUUGCCUUCACCAGACAGACCGUCAGCGCUUUCGCAAUGAUUUACCCUUGUAGUAAGCAGCUGACGCUCGGAUUGGGGUCAUGGAAGAAGACUUUCGACAUCAGCGGCCCCAGAUUUGGCGUUGCGGAUUUGGAGAAGAAGUUCUCACUAGGCGAAAUUGAGAAGCUGAUUGAUGAAGUCAGUCUGACUACUGAUGACGUCACGAAGGUCAUAAAAGAACUGCGGAAACUUUAUCGCGACAUGGUAAAAGUGACGCCCACUAUAGGCGCCCAGGUCUGGGGCGGUCUCGGCAUUUCGCUCGGUCUCUUCGAGGGGAGGCUCCAAAUCAGGGGCUACAUCAUGACCACGUCAUUCCCCUGCACGGCGGAGCUACGGUUCAACAAGUUCCCAUUGGAUGUGGGGAUCCGAAUGGACAUGAACUUGGUUCCCCUGCGUCUGGAGCUCCGUGGUAUCCUGGAGCUGACGAUACCCCUGAUAGUCAAAACCAUCAGAAAGACCCUGAUCAACAAACUGAUCUGGCAGUACUCCAUGCCGACCAUCCAUGCCACCAUAUUCGCCAUCAACUCGGACGAACCGGACAAGUCGCCUCCUAACUUCCAGGUUUAUGCAAAUCCGUUUGAUAGCCCCGUGGAGGAACGUGCUGCCCGGACCACAAACUGCAUCGUGCGUCAGCAGUACGGUCGUGACUACACGGAGCCGGCCUUCCUGUUGGAACUGGCCGUGGAUGACGACAGGAGCGAGGUGGAUCUCACCUACUCCGUCGGCGUCACCAGGGGAGGCAGCGACCAGGUGUUGAACCAACCACUGGGAGGCUUUACAACCAUAGUGCCACAGCUGACCUCCCUGGUCACGUGUGAGCUGCCGACCUAUGACCUCACGUUGCCAGGGGGCAGGGUCACUCCCGACUUCCUCUCCACCAGCCAUCCCGGCAUCCUUCGCGCGUCAGCUGUCGCCUUGGACGAUGCAGCUCUAGUGAACCAAAAGGAAGCGGUGGGGUUCGGACGGAAGGUGUACGGGGACCAGGUCGUCCCCUGGAAGGACAUCAGUAUCAGCAAAAUCGAAGUGGACAUCAGCAUCGGACAUGAUCCACACGACACCCGCAACCUGGAGUACUUCGCAGCGCCGCGUCUGGGAAGAGUGCUGUCUAAACCUCACCACGUGGCUAACUACCCGUACGCACAAAACUGUGCCCGGGACUGCCUGGCUCUGCCCGCUACAAAAUGCCUCAGCUUCAACUACGACUACAGCGACGACGGACGAUGCGAACUACUGGAGGAGAUAGAGGGGCAUGGCGUUGUCAUGUACACGGACGGAGUUUUCCACAACUUCGAGCGCCUGGGUAUCGGCCAUGCCGUGAAGGUAGUUCACGAGGACGUGAGUCUGGCCCACGAUAACCUGUACUACUACAACCUGUUCCUCAACAAUACCGUGGGCUACACGAACACCCUGACGUCCAUGGCCGUGAUAGCCGACUUCGUCCCGCCGUCUCCCGGUCCGCUGGCGAACGUCAGUCAUGACGUCACGGCUGCAGAGGUGUGUGAGGAGUUCUUACCUGACGAGUGGGAGGACAGGUGUGUGGAGCAGACACCUCUGCCCAACCACAGAGCCAUCAUAGACGGCGAGGGGUCCAGGACCGUGUUUAACGGAAACAAACCUCUGGAAGACCUGCGCUACUUCCGGCCGAACACUUACGUCACAGCCAAUUGGGACGGUUUCCACGACAAUGAGACGGGUAUUUUCGGGUACACGUGGACGGUGGGGACGGACCACUGUCAGGAAGACGUCCACCCGCACAAGGACCCACACUCGCACCUGUACGGGGAGAACGAGUGGACACAUCAGGGGCUAGCCUACCCGCUGGAGCUGAAGGAUGGCUUCUACCACGUGUCCGUACGCGCCGUGAACAAGGUAGAAUUCGGAGGCCCCCUAGCGACCACAGUGUGUCACGGCGUCCCCUACACCAUCGACACCACGCCUCCGUUCGUCAAUGAGGUCGAGCUGAUCAGUUACGACGAGAACACCUACGAACUCAUCGUGGAGUACAACGUCAGCGACCCUCUGUCCAACAUCCGGGAGGUUGACAUCGGGCUGGGGAAGAGUCCCAGGGACGUUUUCAUCAAGGACUGGCAUCGCCAUGACAACCGGACCCACGUGACCAUGUACUUCCGCAUUCCGGACGGCAUCCCCACGUGGAUCAAAGUCAGGGCCAUCAACAACGUGGACCUGAGAGCAUCAGGCCAUUACAGUAGACCGCUGAUCGUGGACACGACUCCACCCAUCCCGGGUACCGUGCACGACGGUGAGACCUACAACAGGGACCGGGACUACCAGGCGGACGGCACCCGGGUCUGCACCAGCUGGAAGGACUUCCAUGAUGAGGAGAGCGGAAUUGGGUUUUACUGGUGGGGCGUGGGAACGGAAAUUGGCACUGUCGACACCCUCCCGUUCCGUGAGCUCCCCCACACGCAGCACGCGGCUUGUGCCGAGCUGAACCAGACCCUCCAGCACGGCGUGACGUACUACACCACCCUGGUCGCCUUCAACCUGGGGCACGCCAUGAAGAACGUGUCGGUCUACAGCGACGGAGGUAACAGUAGUGCUGAUACUUCUCCUCACGUGAUCCACGAAGCGACCUCUGUCGGGAAAGACGCGCACAGCAUCAACUGGCAUCACUUCCACCUACACGACGGAGAUUUCGUGUAUGUAGUGGUGAACGUUUCAAACGGAGCCGGCGGGGUUGUAGUGACAGAGUCGGAUGGGUUCACCAUGGACACUACACCUCCUGUCAUGCGUUUCAUUGGAGAUGGUAACCAGCAAAGGACGGACCUUCAGUACUCGGCUAGUAUUACGCAUCUGUCCGCGAACUGGGAGUUCGAAGAUCCGGAGUCAGCAAUCGACCACUAUAAACUGGCGGUGUUCCAGCACUAUGGAGGAACUCGUCUACAGAUCUACCCAGCACAGAAGAACAAGUGGGUGACUGUUGAUGGAAGCGCUGACGGUUGGACCAACAGCGACCCGCUGAGUCUUGUACCCGGCGCGCGGUACAGUGUGCGGGUGUCCGCAGUUAACGGUGCCGGGCUGACAACUACCCAUGACACGGACGGCGUCAUCGUGGACCCUACUCCACCUUCGAAUCUGCACGUUGCUGUUGAUGUGAUGCCUGGUGAGCUGGAGGAGUUGCACGAUGGGUACGUUCUACACACGGACCUGUCCGCCAUCUUGGUGUCCUGGCGGGCCACUGACGGGGAGAGCAAGGUCAUGGCGUACUGGGCUGCCGUGGGGACGUCACCAGGUGCCACGGACGUCUUGCCGUUUGAAAAUAUGGGAGCUGACAGAAGCGCCUACAUCGACAACCUGCAGCUGCAGCUUUACGACGAGAGCACCGGAUCACCUGUGUACUAUGUCACAGUAAAGGCUCAGAAUGGAGCUGGUGCAUUUUCAUCGGAAGUUGUUUCAAGCCCCAUUAAGGUCGUCCCAGGUGAUAAGACUGGAGUGGUUCUGGACGGACCCCACAUGACGGACAGUGAGAGCGAUGACGUAGCAACUGUAGAUGUCGACUAUCAACUACACACUGGGACUGUCACUGUGCGAUUCAAGGGCUUUGAGAGUGCCAGGCAUGGCAUUGUGCACUACGAGUGGGCGGUGGGCACUGCACCGCUCCUGGAUGACGUCCAGUCCUUCUCAUCGGCAGGCAUCGUGCUGUAUGAUGGCGACGCAAACAAGGAAGGAAUUGGCAGUGAAGGCCACGCCCAAGCCCUCCUGCCCCUCCAGCCAGGCCAGCUGUACUACACAACCGUGCGGGCCAUCACGGGCGCCGGCAACGUGUUAGAGUCGGCGUCAGACGGCUUCACUGUCGACGUCACACCUCCUCAGGUGGGCCUGCGUACUGUCGCCGUUUCCCCCAGUCUGACCGUGGACUCGACCCCGCCGGUGGCUGGUGACGUCAUCUGCCCACGUCACAUCCCGGGGACGGACGAGUUCCGGUGCAGCUGGCACGGCUUCCGGGACGACCAGAGCUACAUCGACCACUUCCUGUUCGGGGUCGGAACGGAGGAGGGGGACGACUCAGUAUUCCCGUUCACCAGAGUGGCGGGAACGGUGGACAGGUUCAAGGCUAAAGGGUUCGCAGGGCAGUUUUUGCGUCACCAGGAAAGCUACUACGCCACAGUGAUUGCCUACAACGCAGUGGGAGGGAAAACAUCAGCCUACUCCGAGGCAAUCGUCAUCGACGCCACCCCGCCCGUUCCCGGGACUGUGGUGGAACUGGACAGCAUCUACCACGCUGACUUACAGGGGGAUAACUCGGAUGGCAAAGCAAUGUGCGAAAACGAAGAAGACUGCGAAGAGAUGGAUGCCAUGUGUCAAGCUUCUCUCACUCAAGUUGCCGUUGCCUGGCAACCAUUCGUGGACCCAGAGACGCCGAUCACCAGGUAUGAUGUUGCAGUUGGUACUGUGCCCGGUGCAGCAGAUCUUAGCAGUUUCCACCAAGUUCCCGAUCCCGACGUUCGCUUCUUUGUGGUGAAGAACUUGGACCUUUCGGACAUCCGACAGGUGUUUGUGACAGUGAGAGGACACAACGCGGCAGGCCUGUCCAGUGUGGCUGUGUCUAACGGAGUCUACAUCAGUAAGAUCAGUGCAGGGUUCCCGCCACUCAAGCCCUUCGUUGUGAACGACGGGAGAUCCAAUCGACGGGGCGACAUAGACUUCCAGAGCCAUAACGAGGAGAUGAGCGCUCACUGGGACCUGAGCGGCGACCCCUGUCCCUCCGUGCGGACGGAGUGGUCUGUGGUCAGGCUGGACGGGGUCGAGAUCCUGCCGCUCACCGAGCUGUCUCCAGGUGCUGACCGUGCCACCUCUGAUGAGUUCGACCUCCGUGACGGUGAGACGUACUACACGGUUGUCAGGGCAACCAACCAGCUGGGGUACAGCUACUCCGUCAGGUCUGACGGCGUCACCGUCAGGCUAGAGCCUCUCGUUCCCGGGGUAGUGAGGGACGGCGCCAUCCUCGGGUUCGACCUGUCACAUCAGCAGUCCGUGACGACGCUGUCCGCCAACUGGGACAGCUUCGGGAAGGAGUACGGCCUCGGGGACGACGCAGUCAUCAAUGGGGAAGCUGUUGAGAUAGGAGACCACCAAAUCAUUGACCAUUAUGAGGUCGCGGUGGGUACAGAUCGACGGUACCCAAGCACCCGGACCAACAUCCGUCCGUUCACCAACGUCGGACAGAACAAGACCGUCACUUUCGAGUACCUUCAGCUCGUCCCGAGGACGGGUAUUUACUACGUCACCGUCCGGGCUGUCAGUCUCGCGUCAUCCACGACGGAAGUGACGUCAAACGGCAUCCGGGUGGGAUUCGGUGGUGACAUCAUAUCCCAUGGGGAGGUACAAGUACCAAGAUACAUCUCGUCCAACGCGAACAUCACGGUUGCCUGGAGCGACUUUGAGUUCACCAUGUCGAUUCUCCUCUACCAGUGGGGAAUAACAUCCAACCGGACGGAACUGGAGAGCAUGGACUGUCUAGACCUGCAAAACUUUGACCAAGAGGGGUACGCCGGAGUCAGCGAAGACCACGCCCACCUGUUCGACGUCUACCCUCUUACAAAGGUGGGCAGGAACACCAUGGUGCAGUACGAGGGGCUGGAACUCCAGCACGGCCACACGUAUCACGUGGUUGUCGUUGCAACGGACGAGGCUGCGCAGUGCGCCAUGGCGCUGGCUGACGUCACCAUUGACACCAGCCCUCCGGUGGAAGGACGUGUGUUUGUAGGAGCGCCAGGAGAUAAGAACGUCAUGUACACCGCCAUGGCUGACCGGAUGGAAGUAUUAUGGGAUGGCUCCCAUGACAACACGAGCGGCAUUGCCCGGUUCGAGGUCGCCCUGCUGUCAGGCGGUGACUGCCAAUCGCCUGAUGAUGCGCGGCGCAACGUUGAAGUAGCCUUCGUGCCCGUCGCUGCGAACGCAUCGUCCUACACGUUUGUAGACAUUGAUUUGAAGGCUGACACCCCGUACUACGUGACUUUCCGUGCCAUCAACCGAGCGGACCUGGUGACGGAGUCCACCACCCCGCCCAUCCUGCUGGACCGGCUGGACCCUGUAGCUGGGGACGUCAAGGAUGGACUGGACUUCGAGACAGACGCCACUCACCAGAGCUCCUUGUCAGAAAUGAAAGGUGUGAUUAUACACCACCCUAACCCGGUGGGUGACCCCUGCCCCAAGAGGAACUUCCCUAUGGACGAAAUGCAUGACAGCUGGUCAGCUCUGGAGACAACAGGGCUUUGGGGAGUGUCGGGAGAGAGACGGAUCGUGUUCGACCCUGAACGCCUCUCAUUUGAAGAGGACGAAGGUCUGUCAGUCCAGAUGACACGGGAUAUUGAGUACGAGAGGAUGAUGUCAGGAGCCUACUCUACACAGGCGGAUGGGAGCAGAACGGGACAGUACGAGAUGGACAUCGUCGCUGCCAGUGGCGAGCUCCAGGCCGUCACCAGUGUUGUGUUCUGGGGCGGACUGGAUGGCGUGGUCGGAGAUCACAACGAGAUGAGCCUGGAACAAGAAGAUGCUCUUUUCCCAAGCAGCAAUGAAAACUGCAGUUGCUGUCAGCCAGGGAAUAUUACUACAGGAGCUGCUGGCAACGUUACAGGCGACUGCAACUGCACCUGUGUCAGCCCUACCAGUGAACCACAAUACUCAACUGAAGAACCGACAAGCACGACUGACCCUCCCCCAGGGUGGUCCAUCGAGAAGGGUGAUACGGAAGGGGAAACGCCCGAGACAGAACCCAACUCACAUGGCUCGCCUUAUGCUUCGUGUGGACUACAGAUUCAUUCAGAAACUGCCAACAAUCCCAGCUACGUCGGGCUGUGGUGUCGGUUUGCGAACGGGACCCAGUCGGAACAGGGAGAAACUGUGAAGCUGGACUUCGACCCGUCAGCUGCCUGGCACAAGUACACACUACAGUUCAUGGAGGAGAAGAUCUUUGCAACCAAGGUUGACAGAUCAGUACGAUUGUACAUCGACGGCCAGUUCAAGGCAGUUCUGACCGGCAUCCCGACCUUAAGCCCGACAUCCAAGCUGAUACUGACCACCUGGAACAAGCAUGACUGGAUUCCUGAGUUGGUGGACCCGUUUGAACCACCGACAACAACCGCCUCAUUCCGAUCUGUUAGCCUCCCACCAGAAGCCUCCAGCCUGUGCUUACAGGGGAAGCCGUUCAGGAAUGGCGACCACGCGGUGGUGCGGUUUGAGGCCGGUGUCGGGUCGGCCAAACUGCUGGACGACGUUGCACCAUUCAGAGAGGUCUCCAAGCCGUGUAUCCCAUGCUCUGUGCGGUGCGACGUGCUGGGCUGUGAUCCUGAUUGUGACGAGGACAAGACGUAUGUACACCAGAUCCAUCUCACAGGGCUGAACCUGCCACCGCUGUUAUCUGUACCAGACUCCAACACUACAGUACAGGCUGUGUACUACCUUACUGUCAGAGCAGUGGCUGGUUCUGGCAGGGCGGCCAUUGCGUCGUCUAACGGGAUCUACAUCGACGUCACACCGCCUGUUAUAGAGAACCUGUUCCACGUGGACCUGUCCUGGUCACCGGAUGAGCCCACUAGAUACCAGGGGGACAACAGCACCAUCGCUGUGUACUGGGAGGCCUACGAUAAAGAGAGCGAGGUAGUGGAGUGCCAAUGGGCAGUUGGCACAAGCCCAGGGCAAACAGAUGUCCAAAACUUCACAUCGGUCGGACCAGAACAGAACUUAGUCUACAACAACAAGUUAGAGGGAAAGCUCAGCAACAGACAGACGUAUUACGUCACCGUGAGACUGGUCAACGGUGCAGGUCUGGUCAGCGAGAAAACUACAACUGGAGUGACAGUGCUGCUUGACCCUCCCAACACCAGUAGCAGUAACAUCACCACCUCCUGUGAACAUACUGUGGAGACAAACUCAACAUUGGGAGGUGUGGACCUGUGUGGGGAUCAGGAGAAGAUUGACAUUGCCUGGACAAGGGUGGAGGACGACUCUGUCAAUAAUUAUGUGUUCAGUGUGGGGACGUCAGAGGACAGCCCCGGUGACGUCAUCCCCCAGACACAGGUGGGGUAUAACGAGUCAGGCUGGGUGCAGGUCAUCCGGGGAGAGCUGGCGUUUGGGCGGUCAAAGGUCAACAUUUCGGACCUGCGCAGUCGUGAAGACGGGCCAAGCGUCAAGACACAUCAUAAGUUCCACGUGGAACCUGGCAGGACAUUGUUUACAAGACUGACUGCUUGCCAUGCCGGACAUAAGUGUGCAGACAUUGCCGUCAAGAAACGAACAAUACUGAGAGCCCAGGACAAGGUGCUGACUUUCAAGAAUGGGUCCACUGAAGACAUAGAACUGGCAGAUGGGAACGAGUCUGAGAACUCAACCAUCAUCAUUGCAAAAUAUCAAGGUGAAGACACUGGUGUGCUUAAGCCUGGAGCUGUAGGAGCCGGCAUCCUGACUGACAAUGACGUAUCUAUGACGUACACUUCCAAUAGACCUUUCAUCUCCAACCCUGCAUUUACCAUACACCAGACGGACAGAUUCCUCAAAAACAGGGUUCGAAAAGAGUACGGUCAAUCGUUCUUCGUGUCGUCCAUCGGCGGUGACGAGGUUGAUGCGCCGUUAACAGUCACCGCAACUUACAAUGAAUCCGCACUACUGAGGAAUGAAAUACCAAGGAUGGUGUUCUGGGACCCAGAAUCUGAAAUUUGGAGAGAUGUCCAAGGGACCUGUACAGACAUUACUGGAGCAGUGGAUUACAACUGGCAAAAGGGGCUGUUCACAGUAAAGCUUUGCUCUACCGCAGCAGCACAAGGCCAUCGCAGCCGCCGCAGCGUUCAGCGUUACUUCUCCGGCACGUCACAGCUCGCUGUCGUCAUCAUUAACGGCACCUUCCAGAAUGAACCGCCCAUCCUGCUGUCUCCACUGCGCAUGUCCAUGGGAGAAGAUGAGGGAACUCUGAUUACUCGACUCAUUGCCAAAGACCCAGAGGAUGAUGACCUAGUCUUCAUGCUGAAUGACCAACCGCAGGAGUUUGGAGAUCUUGUCGAGUUGGACAAACAAGGCACGCUGCGGUACAAACCAGCCCUGGACUUCUCCGGAACCAGAGAGAUCCCUAUAACCAUCUCCGAGUCUCGCACGGACAGCAACCCUCUACUAUCCACCACCGUUACCAUCAACAUAGACGUCAUGGAAGAAAACGACAAUCCUCAGCCGUUUGUGGUCCAUGAGGGAGAGGAGAAGCUACAGGGAUCGGGUAUCAUCCACCUGACUGUGGAAGAAAACCAUCCUGACAACGUCGACUUCGAAGUGUUGAAGUUUGUGGCAGGAUCCUUUGACGUUGAUGCCAACGAUGCGAUGACGCUACACAUCAAGGCACCUUCUAACGGUACGAUUGUGGUCGGCAAGCAUGUGAAGAAAAUCACAUUCAAAGAACCAAAGUGUACAAUGCCCGUGGAAGGGAAGAGAAGGGAAUGGGCGGAUGUGUUCAACAAGUCCUGGGCGGGCCCUGCUAUCCCGUACCCGUGUGGGAUAGUACUCCCGCACUCAGCAGACACCAUGAACUGGGCCGUGGCAGCAAUAACGUACACUCCAAACCAACACUUCUUCGGGGAGGACGCAGUGAAGAUCUACGCUGAAGAUGCGUCGGGAGCGAGGUCCAAACUCGUGACUGUGGUCAUCCACGUCAUGGAAAACCGUUGCCUGAAUGGCGGAAAGUGUGUUGGACCCCAGAGCGAUCCCGAUUGCAAAGACCAGUCCCGCAGUGACGGUUUUGACGGCUACAUGUGCAACUGCACGGUGGGCUUUGAGGGAAGGUACUGCGAGAUCAACCCCAAUGACUGCAUUCCUGACCCCUGCCCAAAGAACUACACCUGCAUCGACCAAGUCAACAGUUAUGUCUGCCACUGUGAACCCGGCUGGCCAUGUGACAGCCUGACGGUUUGGGAGAUUGUGGGCAUCACAGUCGGCUGUCUGGUGGCCCUGAUCAUCCUCAUUGUCAUCUUCAGGGUGUGGAAGAAGAAAAAGGAUGAGGCACUUAAAGUCAGUCAGAGCCUGACUGGAAGCCAGGAUUCACUUAAUCGUUUGACCAAGCCCAGUGGGUCAGCGGUGCCUUCAAACGCAAUCCUAAACCCAGCGUAUGAGACCAUGAACGUCACAGACGGACAGAAGAACUUCGACAAUGUGAAGAAGGUCUGGGAGGAGGAUGUUGAGGAGGUGGAGUUCCAUCCUGUGGAACUUGAGGAUGAAGAGCCUGUCAGCAAGAAGCUGGAGCCACAACUGGUGCUCCCCCCAGCGGCUACAGGCAAAACUGCACCCGAUGCCUCAGAAGAUCAAGAGUUCAUCAGCCUGCCUGGGACACCUGAAUAGCACUUGAGCUUGAGACGGACCUCUGUCCUUUUAUCAAUUAUGGCUGCAUGAUAAAUUAAUAUAUGUGUGUAGUGCAGUUGGC